AGCAGGGUUCAAGUGCGAAGUUUGAAGAGAGAGAGAGAGAGAGAGCUGUGAAACGGUGAAAAAAUGGUGAAACAAGGAGAGGGGCUUAGGCAGUAUUACGUGCAACACAUCCAUGAUCUACAAUUGCAGGUGCGCCAGAAGACCCACAAUCUCAAUCGUCUUGAAGCUCAACGCAAUGAUCUCAACUCUAAAGUCAGGAUGCUUAGAGAGGAGUUGCAGCUGUUGCAAGAGCCAGGAUCAUACGUUGGGGAAGUGGUGAAGGUUAUGGGCAAGUCCAAGGUUUUGGUUAAGGUGCAUCCCGAGGGGAAAUAUGUUGUAGAUAUUGAUAAAAACAUCGAUAUAACGAAAAUCACACCGUCCACCAGAGUUGCUCUUCGUAAUGAUAGCUAUGUUCUUCAUCUGAUUUUGCCUAGCAAAGUGGACCCUUUGGUGAACCUUAUGAAAGUUGAAAAGGUUCCUGAUUCUACAUAUGACAUGAUUGGGGGCCUUGACCAACAAAUCAAAGAAAUUAAAGAGGUUAUUGAGCUGCCAAUUAAACAUCCAGAACUAUUUGAGAGCCUUGGAAUUGCUCAGCCAAAGGGAGUCUUACUUUAUGGACCUCCUGGAACUGGAAAGACCCUAUUAGCAAGGGCUGUUGCUCAUCAUACAGAUUGCACAUUUAUUAGGGUUUCUGGUUCUGAGCUGGUUCAGAAGUACAUUGGUGAAGGAUCUCGAAUGGUUCGAGAACUUUUUGUUAUGGCUAGAGAACAUGCACCUUCAAUCAUCUUCAUGGAUGAGAUCGACAGUAUAGGAUCCGCCCGCAUGGAAUCUGGGACAGGCAAUGGGGAUAGUGAAGUCCAAAGAACAAUGCUUGAACUUUUGAAUCAACUUGAUGGAUUUGAAGCAUCUAACAAAAUAAAGGUUUUGAUGGCCACUAAUCGCAUCGACAUUCUUGACCAAGCCCUUCUUCGGCCUGGGCGCAUUGACCGGAAGAUUGAAUUCCCAAAUCCUAAUGAGGAGUCUCGUUUGGAUAUUUUGAAAAUCCACUCGAGGAAAAUGAAUCUUAUGCGGGGAAUUGAUCUAAAGAAGAUUGCAGAGAAGAUGAAUGGUGCUUCCGGGGCUGAACUCAAGGCCGUUUGCACAGAAGCUGGAAUGUUCGCUCUUAGAGAACGUCGGGUGCACGUUACCCAGGAGGAUUUCGAGAUGGCAGUGGCCAAAGUUAUGAAGAAGGAAACAGAGAAGAACAUGUCAUUGAGGAAGUUGUGGAAGUGAGAAAGCUUCAUUUUUUCAACGAUUCAACUCUGAUAGAUGCUUCUUUCUGGGAUUUUCCAGCUCUUACACCUCGAGCUUUAGUUUAAAUUUCUACCGGUGCAGUAUGAGUCCAUAAAUUGCUUCCUUCUUUGGCUGAUUUUGUAUGGAUCUAUACAUGUAAAAGUUCUGUGAAUUGCUAUAUGGUUCUUACCUGAAGUUCAUGGUUCAUAGCCACUUUCAAGAAAAA